CGGCAAAUUAUUUCAAAAAUGGCGGUGUUUGUGUCGUGUCACGAAUGACGCAGACAGACGCUGACGUUUCCUUUGCCAACAGAGUCACUUCGUAUGCUGUCAUCGGUCGUGGAGAAGGAAGUGAAAGUUUAGUCUCAGGGACAGUGAGCUCGCGCGAGUUUGGCUGUGGGAAAGAUGGAUUCGGCACCGUUUGCGUUUGUGAAGCCGCAGGCUCAUUCAUCCAAGAACAACAAGAAGCCAAGGGCACACGGUGGGGGGAAAGACUCCACUCUCAACGCCAUGAGACGGUCUCAGCUAAGCAGAACCAGGAGCGAGACGAGGAUUUUAGGCCAAGUUCAGGGGUUUCAGAAGCCGAAACUGAACGAUUUUCCCCUCAGUAGUGCCAAAAUUACCCAGUUUAAAGCCAUGGAAGAACGUGGAAGUGGAGCUGCUCAGCAAGGUACACUGUCUGCACAGCAGAAAGCCAAACCUCCACAGGCCAGUGCUGAUCAUCACUUUCAGAUAGAGCCACACCUAAACCAUCGAGCAUCUUCUUAUCAUGAUUUCAGCUACUCUACCCCAUCACAAGAUACACAUGAUCUUCAGAUGCGCAUUCGCCCUAUGCCGAACUCCAUGUUUUCAACCCAACACUCCACUGUUGUAUCUGUUCCCGAUGACUUCAACAAUCCUCCGAUAGACUUCACCAUAGCCAGAUCAGCUAUGCCAUCUGUGCCUUUGAAUACAGCCAUAGCCAUACCAACAGUACAGAGUAGCAGCAUCGGCGUACAGUGCACUGACAAUGAAGAACCUUUGCCAUCAGAAAUGUCUGGGAACCUGGCCUCCGAGAUGAACAGAAGUACUUCGGAAGUCGAGCUUGGAAUACAAAGCGAAGUGAACAAGGAGCUGAAGAAGUUGCUCGUCGCAUCAGUGGGGAGCGACUUGCAGUAUCAAUUUGAGAGGAUGGCCAGGGAAAAGGCACAGCUGUCGGUGGACUAUGACAACGUUGUACAGCAGCAUGCGGACCUGUCGGAGGAGGUGGAAAGGCUGUCCAUCCAGUGUGACGUGUGGAGGAGCAAGUUCUUGGGGAGCAGGACCCAGGUCAGCCAGCUGAUCGACCUGAGGAACGCCAUCUACCAACAGUUUGGAAAAGCGCAGGAAGCCAUCGACGACAUGAUGCAGGAGAGAGUGCCCAUCAGGAAGGAGAUGGUGGAGACAUACAGGCUACUGGAUCAACUGGUGAAGGCUCUACGAUGGGGAAAGCCACAACCACUCCAGCAGGCUGCAAACCCCAGGAACAUGAAGGAGCUUGUUCAAGCCAAUCACAGGCUGGUGUCAGCUGUAUCUGCACAACUGCUGGGGAACAUUAAGCCAAUGAACUCCGCAAACCAAGAAACAGUGGAAAGUGGCAUUGGUCUGACUAAUGCAGAGGCUGCUGCGGCACAGGUGCUGAAUAUGAGCUUUGACCUCCAGUUGCCUAGCCCAGAAACAACUCCGGUUGGGAAGAUGAGUGGUCGCUUCCAUCCACAGCAUAAGUAUGAAGAGGUCACUGUGAACUGUUGCAACAGGUGCAAGGGGGAAAUCAAAGUUGUCUAAGUCAUAUUCAGAAGUUUGUCAGUUUGUGUUAUUAGUAAUGUUACAUUUACAUAGGGCAGUUGGUAGAUUUGCUAAGG